AUGACGGACACCAGCAGGCUGCUGGGCGGUGAGGGGCCCGGGGCAGUGCGCGGCCCCGCGGGCGGGUCGGUGGCUGUGCGGUGCCGGUACCGGGCGGGCUAUGAGGAUUAUCCGAAGUUCUGGUGCCGGGAAGGAGGCUUGUUCUGUUCCAGCUGGUUUCACGUCGUUCAGACCGAUGGGUCGGAGGCGGAGGUGACGCGGGGCAGAGACUCCAUCCGAGACGAUCGCACCCAGCGCGUGUUCACCGUGACCGUGGAGAACCUGACACCGGCAGACGCCGGGACGUACCUCUGCGGGGUACAGAGAUCUGGGUUUGAGCUCAGGGACGCCGUGGAACUCACCGUCUCCCCAGCUAAUUCUUCCCCAAACCCGACUGCAAGGACACCGCAAGCAAAAAAGCAGCCAGAUUCGCCUGCACGAUUCCAACCCAUCAUCCUCUGUUUCCUGCUCCUGGGCUUAUCGAAGGGUCUCCUCUUGCUGUGCAUAGUCUCUUCUGGGAUCUGGAUGAGCAUACGCUACAGGAGGAGCCACAGGGAGAUGGUGCCAGACAGACAAGCUCAUGAACUGCCUCUUUGCUAGUUCUUAGAAGCGGAUCGGCAGCAGCAGCAGGAGGAUUCAUUUUCCAGCUUUCCACAAAGUAUCCCACACCAUGAUUUUCUUCUCAUGUCAAGUGAAGCUAUUUCCCUCACGUUCUCAGAGGAUGAAGUCUGCUGGAGGUGACUGUCUCUAUGUUUCCCAGGCCAGAGUAUCUAGGCUCUUAUCAGAGUGUUGGAGAGCCCAGGGCCAAAUUCAUACCUGGUGUAAGCAAAUGUAAAUCCACUGAAGUCCCAGAGCCAAACACAGGGUCAGAGUCAGCAGUGACAGAGCCGGCCCCUGCGUCAGCUGGGCUCUAAAUAGUCACAGUGACCUCAGGUGAAAUGUGGGAGCUGCCAGCAGGUGUUCUCCAGAAGGGAUCCUGUAGGUGGAAUUCCAUUUCUCCCUUGAUCCAGAGUGUCCCCAACCUAUUGACACUGCAAAGGCCAUCUCAUUUACCAGGCUCCUGAGGAGAUGGGGUACUAAGAACUAGGAUUUGUGCAUUGAGGCUCGGGAUCACGCUAAUGGUAUCACAUUUUUUCCUAAAUCAAAGACAUUUAUGAAAGAAAACAGACAAUUGCGCAGGGAGACAGACUUCCACACAGCCUGAGUCCCAGCUUGUCUGCUGCGAACCCAGCCCCACACCCUCUGGGACAAUGUACCGUUCACACAGACACCUACUGGAUGAAUGAUGUAACUGCAAGCACACAUUGUCAAAUAUUCUUUUCAACCCCUUCCUAGAUUUAGGGAGGUUGCUCUGUUUAUUUUUGUCUGUACUAGUUCGUUUGUAUGUUUAGUUUCGGCAAAUGCACCUGGAGCCCUGGAGAGAAUUUUUUAUGUUUGAGAUAAUGUGAAAUAGUCCAUGUAUUUAUUUACUUAAAUUACUGGAACAUUAGUGUGACGAAAAUUGUCACACAUUGAAUUUUAGUUGUGGAAGAAUAACAGUCUUGCACGCUUGUUUUGGUUGCAACAUGUCAGAGGCAGUUCAUUCUCAAGCAAUAUUGCAAGGGGGAGAGUUCACAAUGGCAAGUCUCCCAAAAGAUAGACAGUUAAGGCAAGCAUUUACACCUUGUGUUACAGUAAUGAUCAACAACUGCAUUUUGUUUAUACAUAUUCCUUCCUGAUAUCACUUUUCUCAGCAGUUCCUUCUAUAGUCUGCGUUCCAUUCGUAUCUAACACAAGGUCAAAACAACCUCUCUUAUGGUUCUUUUCCAUUCGCCCAGGCCCUCCCUGGAAGUCUCGCGUUAUUAGCUGUUAGAGUUAGCCUGACUCUUGCUCUUCCUCAAAGACUAAGAUGUCUAUGCUUUCCCCCACCCCCACUUCCACCCUCCCCCCUUUUGUGCUUCUAGCACAACUAUCAAUCUUAAACCUUCAUGUUCAUCAAACCUUGUAUUUCUGAUUCUAGAUCAAAUAGUUCAACCUUAUGGGUUUCAUGGGAUGCAACAACAAUGCAUGGCUAAUAUGAACAUAGAAGGUGUUAGUAUUAUUACAUCUUAUACAACAUCAGUAACAAUCCUAAGCUAAACAGCAAUAAAAACAUUAACAUUCCCAUGGUAAUAAUAUGAUAGGGUUGUUGUACAAUUUUAGUCACAAAGCACUACAUAAAGUAAACACUCUAUAAACUGUAUGAAAGGCAUUUUUCAAUUUGAUAUAUAUUUUGAAGCAUAUGAAUUUGCCCUUGUAAUUCAGAGAUUCUCUGAAUCUCUGGUAUCAGCAAAAGCAAAUUUUGAAACCAAUCAGAUACUAAAGUAAUCUAAGAACUGGAAUUUGUGCUUGAGGCUCGGGAUCACGCUAAUGUUAUCACAUUUUUUCCUAAAUCAAAGACAUUUAUGAAAGAAAACAGACACAACUGUGCAGGGAGACAGACUUCCACACAGCUUGAGUCCCAGCUUGUCUGCUUGUUUACCCAGCCCCACACCCUCUCUGGGACAAUGUACUGUUCACACAGUCACCUACUGGAUGAAUGAUGUAACUGUAAGCACACAUAUUACUGUUGAAUAUUCUUUUUAACCCCUUCCUAGAUUUGGGGAAACUGCUGUGUUUAUUUUUGUUUGUACUAGAUUGCUUGUUUGUACUAGUUUGUUUGCUGUGACCAUCUCGCUACUACUGCACAGGUUACUGUUAACAGAUUUCAAGUAUUUUUUCAUUGUGUCUGCAUCUUCCUUCAUUGCCGUUGUUCUCUCAGCUUUUCUUUUCCUGUUCUGUGCACCUGACAUCUUCUUUUUAGGUACCAGCAACACUGUUUCCUUCCAAAUUUCCUGAAAUAUAAAAAACCUGGCAUUUCUCACACUACGUAACAUCACAUGAUUGGGCAAAAACAAUUUCAGCUUCAAUAUGCUACACAGAACAACAGAUCUGUCUGGACAGAACUUGUCUUUGAUCUGCUCUAGCCAGCUGGUUUAAUAAAAUGCCAUGAGAAAGGAUCAUUUAUGGCUAGGCUUUCCUUCUUGCCCAUCUGUUACUG